CGGCAGGAUGGGUUCCGAUGUCCCGGUUCAGGCACGAGCUGGGCAGCCCGACGCGCGCCGCGGGCGAGGAAGGCCCCCGGCACAGGCCCCGGACAAUCGAGUCGGCGUCGCUGCCCCCGCCGUCGCCGCCCGCUUCCCAGCCGAUGGGUCGCGACACACGCUCGCGAUCGCGGUCGGUGGGUCGCAGGAGCCGAAGACAGCGGAGCCGCAGCGCGAGUCGGAGCCGGAGCCGGAGCCGGAGCGGAAGCCAUGGGCGGCGAAGCCGGCGGCGCCGGGACAACGAAGGGAGGCGCCGGCGGCGGCGACAGAGCCCGGAGCGCAGGUCGGAGUCGGAGGACGAGCAGUGGCGGGGCCGUGGCCGACAGAGCCGCAGCCCGCGGCGCUCCCUGGACCGCUCCUCGGAUGUGGCCUCCGACGAGGAGCCGCGGCUGCAGCGCCGGCGCGGGGGGCGGCGGCGGCGGCGGCGCCGGGCACACUCGUGGUCUCCGGGGUCCUCCUCGGCGUCCAGCUCGGCGUCCCCCAGCGGCUCCCCCAGCCCGCGUGAGGCGGCGGCGCUGAGCCGGCAGCGGGCCCUGCAGGAGCGGCUGCGGCUGCGGGAGGAGCGCAAGCAGCAGGAGGAGCUGAUGAAGGCGUUCGAGACGCCCGAGGAGAAGCGCGCGCGCAGGCUGGCCAAGAAGGACGCCAAGGAGCGCAAGAAGCGCGAGAAGAUGGGCUGGGGGGAGGAGUACAUGGGCUACACCAACACCGACAACCCCUUCGGAGACAACAACCUGCUGGGCACCUUCAUCUGGAACAAGGCCCUGGAGAAGAAGGGAAUCAGCCACCUGGAGGAGAAGGAGCUGAAGGAGCGGAACAAGAGGAUCCAGGAAGACAAUCGGCUGGAGCUGCAGAAGGUGAAGCAGCUGCGGCUGGAGAGGGAGCGGGAGAAGGCCAUGCGCGAGCAGGAGCUGGAGCUGCUGCAGCGGGAGAAGGAGGCCGAGCACUUCAAGACGUGGGAGGAGCAGGAGGACAGCUUCCACCUCCAGCAGGCCAAGCUGCGCUCCAAAAUCCGCAUCCGAGACGGGCGCGCCAAACCCAUCGACCUCCUGGCCAAGUACAUCAGCGCCGAGGACGACGACCUGGCGGUGGAGAUGCACGAGCCGUACAGCUUCCUCAACGGGCUGACGGUGGCCGACAUGGAGGACCUGCUGGAGGACAUUCAGGUGUACAUGGAGCUGGAGCAGGGCAAGAACGCCGACUUCUGGCGGGACAUGACCAUCAUCACGGAGGACGAGAUCUCCAAGCUCCGCAAGCUCGAGGCCUCGGGCAAGGGGCCAGGGGAGCGGCGGGAGGGCGUGAACGCCUCGGUCAGCUCGGACGUGCAGUCGGUGUUCAAGGGGAAGACCUACAGCCAGCUGCGGGUCAUCUUCCAGGGCAUCGAGGGCAAGAUCCGCGCGGGGGGCCCCAACCUGGACAUGGGCUACUGGGAGAGCCUCCUGCAGCAGCUGCGCGCGCACAUGGCCCGUGCCCGGCUGCGUGAGCGGCACCAGGAUGUGCUGCGGCAGAAGCUGUACAAGCUGAAGCAGGAGCAGGGCGUGGAGAGCGAGCCCCUCUUCCCCAUCCUCAAGCAGGAGCCCCCGUCCCCCAGCCCCAGCCUGGACCCCGAAGAGCCGGCCCCCACGCCCCCCGGGCCCUCGGACGGCGCACCCGCGGAGGCGGAGGCCGACGGCACCGCACCAGCCGAGGGCGAGGCGGACGGGGAGGCCGUGCUCAUGGAGGAGGACCUGAUCCAGCAGAGCCUGGACGACUACGACGCCGGCAAGUACAGCCCCCGGCUGCUGACCGCGCACGAGCUGCCCCUGGACGCCCACGUGCUGGAGCCGCACGAGGACCUGCAGCGCCUGCAGCUGUCCCGCCAGCAGCUGCAGGUCACAGGUGACGCCAGCGAGAGCGCCGAGGACAUCUUCUUCCGGCGGGCCAAGGAGGGCAUGGGGCAGGACGAGGCGCAGUUCAGCGUGGAGAUGCCGCUGACGGGCAAGGCCUACCUGUGGGCCGACAAGUACCGGCCGCGCAAGCCGCGCUUCUUCAACCGCGUGCACACGGGCUUCGAGUGGAACAAGUACAACCAGACGCACUACGACUUCGACAACCCGCCGCCCAAGAUCGUGCAGGGCUACAAGUUCAACAUCUUCUACCCCGACCUCAUCGACAAGCGCUCCACGCCCGAGUACUUCCUGGAGGCCUGCGCCGACAACCGGGACUUCGCCACGCUGCGCUUCCACGCGGGGCCGCCCUACGAGGACAUCGCCUUUAAGAUCGUCAGCCGCGAGUGGGAAUACUCGCACCGCCACGGCUUCCGCUGCCAGUUCGCCAACGGCAUCUUCCAGCUCUGGUUUCACUUCAAGCGCUACCGCUACCGCCGUUGACGCGGCCCCAUCCAGGGACUCGUGGCCUUCAGACCGCCAAGAUCAGAGCAGCCAGCAGCAGCCUGAGGGCCCACCCCCUCCUCCUGCUCUGCACCUUCCAGAAGAUUAUGGGCACUCAGUCCCACCGAUUACCCCACCUUGGUCCCAUCAUCAUCCCCCCAUCAGGGCAAAAGCCAAGAGCCUCUAGUGGCCUCGGUGGCUAGCAAGGUGGGCGCCAAACCCUCCCCCACCCUGCUGGGUCCGGGGCCUCCAGGGAGCCCCCCACGUUGGGUCAGCUGCCUUCCAGGGUGCCCCCCGCAGCCUUCGGCACUGACUCUCUUGACUUGGGAUUCUGGAAACCUCCUGCGUCACCACAGCCUGGGCCCGGGGCCCCCACCCCCACCCCCGGCACUCCCCAGGACAUCUGC